AUAUAUGCAGCUGCUCUCAAGAGAGCAAAUGUUGAUCCAUCCCUUGUGCAAGAAGUGUUUUUUGGGAAUGUUCUUAGUGCAAAUUUAGGACAAGCUCCUGCCCGACAAGCCGCCUUAGGGGCAGGCAUACCUACUUCUGUAAUCUGCACGACUAUUAACAAGGUGUGUUCAUCGGGGAUGAAAGCUACCAUGCUUGCAGCACAGACCAUAGAAUUGGGUAGAAAUGAUGUUGUUGUGGCUGGUGGUAUGGAAAGCAUGUCAAAUGCGCCUAAGUACAUUGUAGAAGCAAGGAAGGGGUCUCGGUAUGGACAUGAUACGAUCAUUGAUGGUAUGAUCAAAGAUGGCCUUUGGGAUGUCUAUAAUGACUUUGGCAUGGGAGUUUGUGCAGAAGUAUGUGCAGAUCAGCAUGUCAUAACAAGAGAUGAGCAGGACUCGUAUGCCAUUCAAAGCUUUGAGAGAGGAAUAGCUGCUCAAAAUGCUGGUCAUUUUUCUUGGGAGAUAGUUCCGGUUGAAGUUUCUGGUGGAAGAGGGAAACCUUCUAGAAUAGUUGAUAAAGAUGAAGGAUUGGGGAAGUUUGAUGCUGCAAAGUUAAAGAAGCUUAGAGCAAACUUCAAGCCGAAUGGUGGUACUGUGACUGCUGGCAAUGCUUCUAGCAUAAGUGAUGGUGCUGCUGCAAUAGUGCUAGUGAGUGAAGAGAAAGCACGUGAGCUCGGAUUGCAUGUAAUAGCUAAGAUAAGAGGAUUCGCAGAUGCGGCUCAGGAACCUGAAUUAUUUACAACUGCUCCUGCCCUUGCAAUACCAAAAGCUAUAUCAAAUGCUGGUCUGGAGGCUUCUCAAAUUGAUUAUUAUGAAAUAAAUGAAGCUUUUUCUGUUGUGUCUCUUGCAAAUCAGAAGCUUCUUCGUCUUAGUCCUGACAAACUUAAUGUACAUGGUGGAGCUGUAUCAUUAGGCCACCCACUGGGUUGCAGCGGGGCUCGAAUCCUAGUUACAUUAAUAGGGGUAUUGAGACAAAAGAAUGGGAGGUAUGGCGUUGCUGGCAUCUGCAAUGGCGGAGGCGGGGCAUCUGCACUUGUCCUUGAGCUCAUGCCAUCAGCCAGGUUGGGGCAUUCUAAAUUAUGAUCUUGGUCUCCUCACAUACUGCUUCACAACACUUCUGUAGCAAUUUUUUUUCUUUGAUCGAGGAAUAAUGUAAUAAGUUCAAUUAGAGAAAUAAAUGGAAGUAUUAGCUAAGCAUCACAUUUUUCUUUCUUGGAUUCAUCUCCUUCUAUUCAUAUAUCUUCUAACACUAUUAUUGGUUCAGCUUUCAAUGGCAUUCAGUUUCUUCCAUAAUAA